CAGAAAGAGAGAGAAGGCCAAUGCUCACGCUUGCCAAUUUACUCCAACAUUUGCAAUGAAACCACUUAUCAAAGAUUUUUAUCAACAAAUAAGUGGUUUUAGGUCAUUAAUGAAGGUGGGUUUCAAUGGCAACGGAAAUCUGUGGUCUGGUUUCGUCAUGGGCGGUUUGGGGUGCUCAAAAUAGAUAGAAAUCUCAUAAAUUUCAAUUUUUUUAACCCACCAAACCGCUGGGCUUAUCAAAAAAUGGGGUUGGUUCAAGCUCUAUAAUCGCCCCAUUAGAGCUCAUAUUAUCAGUUAAACAUUGGUGGUUUUAGGGUUUCCAUUGGUGGUUUUGUGGUUUCAUAGAGAAAAAUUGUGAUCAAUGGCAGUUGCAGAUGUUGAGGACUGCGAGUCCUCCAUCGAGGGACCAGACAAGCAGCAACUGUUUAGAAGGACUUGCACAAAGGUCCUCAUGGAAGGGAAAGCUGUGGGGAGGGCCAUAGAUCUCAGCCUAUUGGACAGCUAUGAUGAACUUAUUACUGUUCUGGAGAACUGGUUCGAGAUAAAGGGUGAGAUGAGGGGGGCCAACAAAAACUGGAUGAUGAUCUAUAGGGACUAUGAUGGGGAGAUCAUAGUCGUGGGGGACGACCCAUGGGCUGAUUUCAGGGAGGUGGUUAAGCAGAUUGAGAUACUGAGCUGCAACCAUGUGAGAAGGAUGAUGCUCUCAGGCGCUUUGCCUAUGGUCUCUGGACUUCCUCAAUAAUGGCCCUCUCUCUCUCGCUCUCUUACUGUGAAAUAAGAGGAUAUCAUGCAAAUAAAAUGGCC